AUGUGGUCGACCAUUCAAGAUCUACCCAACCGAUUGGCAUCAGCGAGCAUUGCCCAGUAUCAAAAGCUACCAAAGACUGGUAAACCAGUAUCCCAUGGCGCCAAAGCUGAAUGGACCGUCCUUGCUUGUAUUCUUGCAGUGUAUGCAGAAAGCAAAGACAACUAUGACGUUCGUGUGGUAUCGCUAGGGACAGGUCUCAAGUGUCUUCCUUACAGCAAGCUUUGUAACAAGGGCGAGCUGGUGCAUGACAGCCAUGCUGAGGUGAUUGCGCGAAGAGGGUUCAUGCGUUACAUGUUGGAGCAAUAUGAAAAGCAAUGCCCCGAUAAUAGCCCUUUCAAGAUGGUGGAUGGUCGAUUGAUGAUCAAGGAUGGGUACAGUUUCCACAUGUAUAUCAGCCAAUCGCCGUGUGGUGAUGCCUCAAUGUCAGCUGUUGCAGAAUUGCAGACCGAAGAAUCGCAGGCAGCUUUUGAAUCAGGAUCCAAGAGAAAAGUGAUAAAGUACGACAUGCUUGACAACAACACGUACGCCAACAAGAGACGCAAGGUAUCAUCCAAUAAGGAGCAACAACAAGCUUUCCAUCGAGGAAGAUAUGGCUUUGAUCAAUUGGGUAUCCUUCGGACUAAACCAGGCCGCUUGGAUUCAGAACCUUCUUUAUGCAUGUCAUGCAGUGAUAAGUUGGCACGAUGGAAUGUUCUUGGAAUACAAUCGGGAUUGCUUGCUGAUCUCAUCGACAAACCGGUUUAUCUCGAUUCAAUUGUUGUGGGUGACAUGUAUGAUCAUGAUGCGUUGAAACGCGCAUUGUACGGGCGAUUGGAGAAUCUCAAAGAUCUUCCAAAACCAUACAAGCUUCAUCGUCCACGGAUAUACCAUACGGAUAUCGAAUUUGAAUCAUCCAAGCUCAAAAUGGAAGAGGAUAACAAAGGGACCGUAAUACCAAGUGGGACAACCAUCUUAUGGAUACCAGGCAUUCAAAAGCCAGAAGUAAUAGUCCACGGCAAAAAGCAAGGAGCACCCAAGGGCAAACCAUUGACAGCCAAAACACGAUCAUCAAUUUGUAAGCUAUCCUUACUUCAACAAUACAUCAAUGCAAGGUCGUGCAUAUCAGAGGAAAAGCAAAGUCGUACUUAUCGUGAGUGGAAGCAUCAAUCAGAGCAGUACCAGAUGGCCAAGGAUCAGUUAUUGGAUCAAUGCUUCUCCAAUUGGGUGCAAACACCUGAACUUUACGAAGAAUUUCAUGCAUUCGAGAACACCGACACCCUGUAA